AUGGCGUGGGAUCACUUGGACAUUGAUAGGCCGCAUCUGGCGUACAUGAUCCUGGGCGGUUUCACAGGCUUGUUCAUGCUGUGCUCCCUGUUCGUCAAGGAGAAGCUGUACAUCGGUGAAGCGACUGUUGCCACACUCUGUGGCAUUAUCUUCGGCCCCCACGCGGCCAAUCUUUUCAAUCCGCACGAAUGGGGAAACAUCGACAAGAUCACACUCGAGUGUUCGCGCAUCGUGCUAGUCGUGCAAUGUUUCGCCGUCGGUGUCGAAUUGCCAAAGGCGUAUAUGGAACGCCAUUGGAAGUCGGUAUCAUUGCUGCUGAUCCCUGUUAUGACUUGGGGUUGGCUGAUUACCAGUCUGUUCAUUUGGUGGAUGGUUCCCCCACUCAACUGGCUGGAAAGUUUGAUCUGUGCCUCUUGCGUUACGGCAACAGACCCUGUCCUGGCUUCUUCCGUGGUCGGUAAGGGUAAGUUCGCCAAGCGUGUCCCUAAGCAUUUGCGUGACUUGCUGUCUGCCGAGUCUGGCUGUAACGAUGGUAUGGCAUUCCCAUUCAUCUACCUGUCAUUCUACAUCUAUCACUACCGACCUGCUGUCGGCGAGGUGUGGUUGAACUGGUUCUGUAUCACCGUUCUUUACGAGUGUGUGUUGGGUGCCAUCUUCGGUUUCGCCAUCGGUUACAUUGCUCGCCAUGCUAUCAAAUGGGCUGAGAACAAGGGAUUGAUCGAUCGUGAGAGUUUCCUGGUGUUCUACUUCGUGUUGGCUGUCUUCUGCGCUGGCUCUGGUAGUUUGCUGGGCAUGGAUGAUCUACUGAUCGGAUUCUCAUGUGGUGUCGGAUUCAGUAACGAUGGUUGGUUUACGGAGAAGACCGAGGAAUCUCACGUUUCCAACGUCAUCGAUCUUCUGCUCAACUUGGCUUACUUUGUCUAUUUCGGAUCCAUCAUUCCCUGGGAGGACUUCAACUCCCCCGCCCUCGGUCUCACCCCGUGGCGACUGGUGGUUAUUGCAUUAUUGGUCAUCUUUUUCCGACGCAUACCUAUCAUGCUAAUGCUGAAACCAAUUAUACCGGACGUCAAAACAUGGCGAGAAGCGCUGUUCGCAGGCCAUUUCGGCCCCAUUGGUGUCGGUGCCAUCUUUGCUGCCAUCCUCGCCAGAGCUGAACUCGAAAACGACAAUACGCAGCCUGACCCUGAAAACGAACUGCCAAUGCCUGGUUCUAGCAACUACUACAUCGUCAGGCUCAUCUGGCCUAUCACCACUUUCAUGGUCAUUUCGUCCAUCUUGGUGCAUGGCUCUUCCAUUGCAGUCUUUACCUUAGGUAAACGUAUCAACACUCUGACCAUCACCCUCUCAUACACCCAAGCCAAUGAGGAUGGACCUUCAUGGAUGAACCGGCUGCCUCGUGUGCAGUCUAUCGCCAAGGGCUCUAUGUCCUUCCGCAAAGCGGAGGACACUGACGCCUCGUCCGAUGAGAAAUUGCCUGAAUAUCCUCCCGGUACCCUCCCGCCUAUCGGCAUGCCUGGCAACUUCCUUCGCCGGCAGCGCGACGAGGAGGAUGAGAAUGAAGCACAAAGUCUUGAGUCAUCUCGCCGCAAGCCCCUGCGGAGACGUCGCCGCAAGCGUGACUCGGGUGCUGGCGGCCCGAUCAGUCAGUCUGCUAUCAUGCCCGCUCCCCGUCAACGAGAAAGCGAAAUUGAAACCGAGGAAGAAAAGAAAGAGCUGGAAGAGCGCGAUCAGGUUGAGCGCGGAGCUUCUCCGCCUCACGCCGAGCGUGAUCGCUUCGGCCGUGAGCCUGAAAUAGAAGUCUACCAGGAGGGUCAUAACAUGAUCAUCGAGGAUGAGGAGGGCAAUGUCCUGAAGACUGAAGAUACUUCUCAUCUCACACCCGAACAAAAGAUCGCGCACAUUGAAGAACAACGCAAGCGUCUUGAAAAUGACAAGAGUGGUGAAUUCGCCAAAUCCGAGAGUCAUCCUCACAACAAGGAUGAGGGAGAGGAGUUCAAGCAUGCUGUUGAGGAUAAGGCUGGGACUUCCUACGGCAAGGCAAUCAAGAAGUGGACCAACUGGACCGGACUUGGCAAGGAGAAGGCCGCUGAUCAACCUGAGAAGAAGGCUGAGAAGCCCGAGAAAACUGAAAAGCCACCCAAGGCCGACUCGGCCAAGCCCAAGCCCCGUUCAGCUCAUGCUUACCAAUUUGGUAACACCAUUAUUGUUGAGGAUGAGGACGGUGAGGUGAUCAAGAAGUACACCCUUCCUGGUGGCAAGAAGACCGAGAAGUCAGAAAAGCCCCAGAGCCAGCCCACUGCUCCUGGUGACGCACCAGUCCGGCGUGGUUUGACUCGCAUGGGAACCUGGUUCGGCAUGGAAGAAGAAGGCGAAACUUCUGCGGCUGCCCAAGAAAAGAAGAAAAAGAAGGAGAACGAUGACUGGACUACUGAUGAUGGUCUGCGCUUCACACUUGCCCAAGACCCCGAAGUCGAUUCUCAGGGCAUCGGACACAAGGGCAGACGUAUGAACAAGCAAGAGUUCUUCCAGCAGAUUAAGGGAUUGGACGCCAAGAGCCGUCGAGAUGUCGUGCAGCAAACAGACGCCCCGGCACCAGUCCAAGAAGUAGCCCAAACCGAAGCCAAGCAAGAAGAGAAGAUCGAGGAGAAGCAAGAGCGUCGUCUCUCUGCCGCUGCUAUCGGAGCUACCACUGGCACUAUUCCUGAGGAAGAAGCCGAGGGCCUGGAGUCCGAGUCCGUCACCGACAGCGAUGACGAGACCGACCAUCAAGGCGCCCACAACGUCGCCGCCUCCCUCGCCAAGUUCUCUCGCGGCGGCGGCACCUCCGCCGCCCAGGAGCGUCGCAACAACCUCAGCCCCGCGCCACCUCGUACCCGUGACCGCGAGCGCCGUGACUCCGACGAUGAUGGCACAGAGCGUAUCCCGCCAUCCCGUCUCCGUAAGGCCGCUGGUCUCACCGCGCCCCCACGCGAGAACGACGAUGACACAGGCGAAACACCUGCCGAGCGUCGUCGCCGUCUUGCAGCGCUGGGUGUCGACGGUGAUGACUCUGAGGAAGGAUCUGACUCUGACGACGAAGACGCUAUCGCCGAAGAGGACUCUGAUAUCGAGGACGUGGAUUCCAAAGAUGGCAAGCUCCAACCCGAAGGAACCAAGACCUCUGACCAGUCUUCUCCUCGCUCGGGAUCUGGAUCUGCCUCCGCCUCGCAGUCCACCUCGCGUCACAUCCCGCGUGUCUCCUGGGGAGGCGAGAAAGGCCGCGAACUGUGA